CGCACAACUCAGAGCCAAACAAUCAUCUCCGCAUCUAAAGCUUGCAUCUCCUUGGUGACGCCGGAAUGAUUUUUCGUAGACUGAAGACGAUACCGAGUUACCGGUUCUCGAUGAAACAAAGCUCUAAAACUUAAACAUGAACACAAUGGAUGAAGUUAAUUUUAAUGGAAAUGCAGAAUAUGAAGAUGAUUUUGAAAAAGAUCUCGAUUGGUUAAUAAAUGAGGAUACAGAGUCUGGUACAGAGGAGCAGAAUUCUAAUAAAAAUGAAGAACUCAAUGACUUUAAAGAAGACACAGUAAAUUUGACAGGUGAAGAAAAUGGUGGGGAAAAAACAGAAAUUGACCACCUGCAUAGUGAAAGUAGUACAGACAGCAUGCAUUUACUUAAAACUGUCACGGAAUAUGGAGAAAACGAUUUAGAUGAUGAAGAAGCAAAACGAUACAUUGCUGAGAAGAUAGAAGAAGCCAACAAACUACUGGAAAUGGAAACUGUUGAUGAGAGUCGUCAGAGGAAGCUCAAAUUUAAGGAUAAUUUGGUGGACAUGGAAAUUCCACCAAUGGAAUAUUCUGAAAAUACUAAAAAUGAAAGUGGUGAUGAGGAUGUUGUAGAUAGUAUUUCGCACUUACAUGUUUCUAAUAUUUCAGAGCAGGAGAACGAUCACCUUGAUGACAAUGCUUCUAGUGAAGGAGAUCAGAAGAAUGGAAAAGUUUUAGUAGAAAGAGACGGCAAGUUUGAAUUGGUUAAUAUAUGUGAUAUUGAAAACCAACAUUUUCUUCCACCCAUAAAAAGUUCAGAUAAUGGAAUUGAAACAUCCAAUACUCUUGGUAAAUCUUCACAAUCCUUUGAAGAACCUCUAGGAUUAUAUCAGAAAGAUAACGUUUUUAGUGGUGUAUAUGUUCCUCAACCCCCUAAUCAACCAAAGACUCGUCCAAAUUCAAGUAUUAAUUUCCGAAAACCUACGUCUAAAAUAAAAUCAACACGUAGAGUGCAAUCUGCAGGUUCAACAUCUAAAAACACAACAUUUACUCUCUCUGCUGAGCAAAAAGACUUGUUGAAGAAACUUCAACAAAAGCAGGAGAAACUUAGGAAAGAGGAAGAGGAGCGCAAGAAACAAGAGGAGGAACAGAAAAAGAUAGAAAAUGAGAUUGCGUUCAAAGCUUGGCUACACAAGAAAAAAGGUCAACAGACAGAAGAAAAGAAAAUUCAACAAGCCAAGGAGCUAGAAAAACUAGAAACAACAAACAGUGAUGAUGAAGACAGGGAUCCAAAGGAAGCCUUUAAUCUUUGGCUUCAGAAAAAGGAAAAAGAGCGAUUGAGAGAAAAAAGAGUAGAAGAGCAAAAAAGGCAAGAAGUAAACGCUUACCUGCCCAAGAGACAAGAGACUGAAAAGGCUUUCAAACAGUGGUUAAGAAGGAAGAGAUCGGAAAAAUAUGCGGAAGAGCAAGCUGCGAAGGAGCGGUCAAGACAACUUUUGAUAGAAGCCAGGAGAACCAAGCAAAUACAGAAUUUGCUCUACAGUAUAUCUGAUAGCAAAACGUUUUAUUUGGGCCACUACAGUUAAAUAUGGUUUUUAACUUGUUUUCUGCUUACUUCUCAGAAUUUGUAUAUUUAUUAUUAAAAAUACCUAUUUUAAA